AGUAUCUUUACCUUUUUUGACUCUUUGGCUGUUUACUUUUCGGCUACAGUUUCACAGAGUUCUCUGCAAAUGUUAAAAUAUAAAACGACAGUUUAACGUUAAUGGUUAUUAAGCUUCCGCUGACCUGUUAAACAAACACAGACAUAGACUGCCGGACACAAAACGAGUUUUGUCAAUUUAAGCCGAACUUGUUGUGGGUUGUCUGUAAACUGGUUGCACUUUGUGCCGCAGAAAGUUCAGACAGCUGCGGAGAGCAGAGGACACCAGGACAGCUCUGUCCACCUCUCUGGAACAAUGGCAAACCCUUUGAGGGCUGAAGUGGUCCGACUCUAUAAAAAUCUACUCUACCUCGGACGAGAGUAUCCUAAAGGCGGUGACUACUUCAGGGAGCGUCUGAGAGCGGCAUUCAAUAAAAACAAAAGCGUGCAGGACCCAGAGCAGAUCAAGGAGAUGAUUGCUCGGGGGGAGUAUGUGGCCAGAGAGCUGGAGGCCCUCUACUACCUGAGGAAAUACAGAGCCAUGAAGAAACGCUACUACGAGGAAUAAAAUG